UUAACACACGGGUUUCGCCAUUGCUGUACAUUUCUGAUUGUAAUAACUUUUAUUUAUUUUAAAUGCUUAACCUUACUGUCUAUUAGUGAACAUAUUCAGUGACAACAUCCGGUGACUGCUGGGUCUCCAAAAAUAUGGGUUGCUUUCUAGUAAAUGGUAAUCGUAACUGAUGUUAUAAAUUAGCUAGCUUGCACAUUAACACACUAACUUCUGCAUGACAUUUGUCGUGAUGACAAAUAAAACUGAUGUUACACACAUUGCGUUCAAUUUAUUCAGAUAUUUAGCACAAACAUUCUCGUGAUUAUAUUUGAGUGACACUGCGUCAGGAUGUACAAGCAGUGGUCUGUAGAUUCAAAUCCAGACGCGAAAGUGAUGGGGAAACGGUCCGAAACCAGAUUGCAUCAAACUGGAGAAAAAACAAGUCCCAUUAGCGUUAUCCUGGUUAGUUCUGGCAGUAGAGGAAAUAAAUUACUUUUCCGAUACCCAUUCCAGGGGGUUUCUGAAAGCACUUCAUCCGCAACGUCAAAACAGCGGAGUCCAUAUGUCCUAAAUGCCUCGGGUGAUUCUACAGAAGACCAGGAUGGUGAUUCAAGAGAACAAACUCCACUAACUGAUGAACAGUUGGUAGCAGGGUUUUCUGAUAGCAUUCUCGCCACCAUCUUGGCUACCAAAUCUGAUAUGUGUGGUAAGAAGUUUGAACUCAAAAUUGACAACGUGCGCUUUGUGGGUCAUCCAACCUUACUGCAGCCACCGCACAAUAUUCAGGUUUCUAAAACCGACCCCUCUCCCAAAAGAGAGCAGGCCACCAUGAUCCUCUUUAGUGUCGUUUUUGCAUUAAGGGCCAAUGCAGACGACUCUGUCAUCAGCUGUAUGCAUAAUCUAUCUCGCCGCAUUGCCAUAGCCCUGCAGCAUGAGGAGCGCAGAUGUCAGUAUCUCACCAGAGAGGCCAAGCUCAUGCUGGCUGUGCAGGAAGAGGUCACCACCAUGACCGAUACGGAUGGCACCCCUCAGUCUCCUUUUCGCCAAAUCCUUCCCAAGUGUAAAUUAGCAAGAGACCUUAAAGAAGCAUAUGACAGCCUCUGCACAACCGGAGUCGUGCGGCUUCACAUUAAUAACUGGCUGGAGGUCAGUUUUUGCCUUCCACAUAAAAUCCACCGGGUGGGGGGGAAACACAUCCCGCCUGAGGCUCUUGAGCGCAGCCUUAAAGCCAUUCGGCCGUAUCAUGCAUUGCUUCUGCUGGAUGAUGAGAAGUCUUUGCUAUCUCAGCUUCCUCUGGACUGCUCUCCUGCUCUGGUGCGACUCAUCAAAACCUGCUCAGCCGUGAAGAACCUGCAGCAGCUGGCACAGGACGCCGAUCUAGCUCUCCUUCAGGUCUUCCAGAUAGCUGCACAUUUGGUGUAUUGGGGCAAAGCUAUCAUUAUCUAUCCCCUCUGUGAGAACAACGUGUAUAUGCUGUCCCCUCAUGCAAACAUCUGCAUCUACUCACCUCUUGCAGAGCAGUUCGCUCUCCAGUUUCCAGGUCAAGACCUGCCCACCAUGUUAGCCAAGUUCUCACUCCCCGUCUCUCUGUCUGAGUUCAGGAACCCGCUGGACGCCCCUGUGCAUGAGGCCCAGCUCAUUCAGAUGGUGGUGUGGAUGCUCCAGCAUCGGCAGUUAUAUCAACUCCACACAUAUGUUUGUCUGAUGGUCCCGCCCAUUGAGGAGGAGCCUGGACUGCAGGAGGAGGAGCUACCCAUCGUCACACGCCUUACGGGCCGAAGUCUGAGCACGCCCAGUGCCCUGAGCUUUGGUUCUCCUACAAGCAGCGAUGACAUGACUCUGACGAGUCCCAGCAUGGAGAACUCGAGCGCUGAGCUGCAGACCGGAGGAGACUCUCCUCUCAAUAAGAGAAUGACAGAGACCUUGCUGGCCAGCCUGACUGAACAUGAGCGGCAGGCCAUCCUCCGCGUCCCAGCCGCACAGAACCCAGAGGACCUGCGCUUGUUCGCCAGGCUGCUGCAUUACUUCCGAGGCCAUCACCACCUGGAGGAGAUCAUGUACAAUGAGAACAUGCGGCGCUCCCAGCUAAAGACUUUAUUUGACAAGUUUCGGAGUGUUUUAGUGAUAACCAACCAUGAAGACCCCAUCAUUUCACUGUUCCAAUCCCCACCAGAGUAAAAGAAUCAG